GCGAUGGCCCUCUAAAUCUAUAUCCCUCUCAACCAACAGGUUUCCCAAACAACAGAUGGCCUUGACGCUGACUUGUGGAAAGACGGCCUGUUCAAAUCCAAGGUGACGCGCUACCUCUGUUUCACCAGGGUGUUCUCUAAAGAAAACGUAAGUGAUCAAAAUCAGUGUACCCGAAUGAUCCCACACUGCCACUCUAAUACCCACUGUGAUGAAAGUAUGGCUCGGAAACCAAGGUUUAUCUACUGCUGUAGGGAGGAGGAACCUGUUUCUCAACACAACAAUACAAUAAGCCUCUCUAGUCAGAAACUCAAACAGCAUGCAUGACUCACUCUCUGUGAUGGGAAAGAGACCGAAAUAUCUCAUUUGAAGCACCAGCUUGUUUUCUCUGCAGCUUUUUUGUUGCAUAUUUUAUGUUACCUGACAGAAACAUAUUUUGCAAUGAGUCACCAGUUUCUUCGCUUAGGUUAAUAAGCCAAAACAAAUUAAGGAUUCGAUUUAUAUAGCACUUUACCAGGUGCUAUAAUAUAUGCCAAGCAGCUUUUAUCCAAAGCGACGUACAUUUUGUAAAAAAAAAUUAGUCAUUUAGCAGACGCUCUUAUCCAGAGCGACUUACAGUUAGUGAGUGCAUACAUUUUUCAUACUGGCCACCCGUGGGAACCAUGCGUGCAUACAUUUUACGUAUGGGUGGCCCCGGGUAUCGAACCCACAACCCCGGCAUUGCGAGCGCCACGCUCUACCAACUGAUCCAUACAGGACCACUAUGGUUUGGAAACUUGCCUAAUAGUAAUUAGGUAAUAACAAAAUAAUAAUACAAAUAAAUAAAUAUCAGGGCCUCCUGAGUGGCUCAGCGGUCUAAGGCACUGCAUCGCAGAGCUUGAGGCGUCACUACAGACCCGGGUUCGUUCCCAGGCUGUGUCACAACCGGCCGUGACCGGGAUUCCCAUAGGGCACCGAACAAUUGGCACAGCGUCGUCCGGGUUAGGGGAAGGUUUGGCCGGGGGGGGCUUUACUUGGCUCAUCGCGCUCUAGCGACUCCUUGUGGCUGGCCGGGCACCUGCAGGCUGCCUUCGGUCGUCAGUUGAACGGUGUUUACUCCGACACAUUGGUGCGACUGGCUUCCCGGUUAAGCUGGUGGGUGUUAAGGAGCGCGGUUUUGGCGGGUCAUGUUUCGGAAGACGCAUGACUCGACCUUUGCCUCUCUCGAGCCUGUUGGGGACUUGCAGCGAUGAGACAAGAUUGCAAUUGGAUAUCACGAAAUUGUGGAGAAAAAGGGGGUAAAAAAUGAAUGAAUAAAUAUAUAUCAGAAUCAACUAGUCUUGAAUACAGUUUGUCUUCUUAAAAUUGUAUAGCCAACGUAUAUCCACUGUCAGAGAGUAGAAUAACACACUACAUACAGUUUGGGUAAUAGGCCAACUAACUUCACCUCAGGUGGACUAACAAAGGCGAUAGCUACAUCAGUGAAAAUCUACCCGGGUGGAUCCUGGAACUGCGACACCGAUGACCUUAUUUAGGCCUAGACCCUGUCGGUAGAGAAAGUUUUGACCAUGAGCCUCUUUUGCACAGCUCCAUGGAGAACAUUGGACAGAGGUCCUUAGGCGUAGGAGUGUUCUCUGACAAGCGUUCUCACAAAGGCUUUCCCAAACAAACAUCUCCGAGUUAUAAAAUAUUUUCUCCGUAGCCCCAGGAAUGUUAUUCUGAAAUGAUUCCAGUGCUCCAUUUUGAUAUUUUCCCUUGCUCUGGAUGUUUAAACAACUCCCCUGUUGUUUUGCACAGGCUCUAUAGCGCCGUUACCAAAUCAGGAAUUCUCUUCUCAUACUGAUGUUAUUUGUUGUAGGAUAAUCGUUUUGAGAUGGUGGCUGCUUUGUGAGAUCUGUUUAAGUAAGUCUAGUUUGAACAAUUGCUAUACGAACUUGGCCUGUAGAGUUUCUGUGAAAAUAAUAGGUCUGUAACAUACGACUCGGUCUGAUAACUUGACAAGCUGAGAUGGGGCCAGUUGAUACACAUCCUGGCCAAGGUAGAAACCAAUGCACUGAUGAUAUUCAUCCUUGACAGAAACACAAUUGAAGUCCGAAACAAAUAGCCACGUAGCAAACAUUUACUCCCGCCCCCCCAACCCCCCUCCCAUGUCUGUCCAUCAAGCUCAGACUAACUUGGGUUUAGUUUCCUUCCAUUUUGAGGUGUGAUCGGAUGUGACCGUUCCAUCAACGGAAGCUAUUUUGUCUGCCAAUCAAUACGGCCCGCAGCGUAAUUAUCUGUGACAAAAACAGAUACUGUGAAAUUAGUCCGCAAAGUGUGCGACAGAACCACAGGAGUUAGUGAUUUAUCACCCUCCGUGGAGGUAGGGACACAUCCUCUCUGUCAGGGAAGAACUCCCUUUUUUCCACUGCUAACACUUUUUGCACAUGCACAAACAUUCUGCCGAGUUCCGCCAUUGUCAAGGCUUUGGAAUGAACUGUUGACUGAUCAUUAGCUAACGUGGAUGUGGUUUGUCCCUCUGGUUCUCUCUCUCGCUCUCUCUCUCGCUCUCUCGCUCUUGCUUUCUCUGUCUCUUGCUUUCUCUGUCUCUGUCUGCAGAGUCAUUUAGGAAAUGUGCUGGUGGACAUGAAGCUCAUCGACAUCAAGGACACUCUGCCCGUAGGUUUUAUUCCCAUCCAGGAGACUGUGGACACACGUAAGCACUGACCUUCUCCUCUCAUAUCCUAAUUCUCUCCUUCUUUCCCCCCGGGUCUAUUUUAAACCUCUCUGAUUAACCAUAAAGGUCAGAGUUCGUUAAGCUUAGUUAGUGCUACAUGACAGAAUGUGAUUUUUAAAAAAGUUUUAUUUGCCUGCAAAUGUGAAAGGCAUAUCAGAUGUUUUUAUGAGUCAGGCUUUGUGGACUCUGGGAGAUAGGAUGCUGGUCACCCUCACACGGUUAGUUUAUCAUUUAUAGACCGUAACAUGAUCAGAGGCCUUUUACAGUGCACUGACUCUCUUUGUCUCUCUCUUUCCCUUUUGUCUCUCUCUCUCUCUCUCUCUCUCUCUCUCUCUCUCUCUCUCUCUCUCUCUCUCUCUCUCUCUCUCUCUCUCUCUCUCUCUCUCUCUCUCUCUCUCUCUCUCUCUCUCUCUCUCUCUCUCUCUCUCUCUGUCUCUCUUUGUCUCGAUCUCCCUCUCUCUCUUUCCCCUUUUCUCUGUAUUGUCCCUUCUCUCUGUCUGUCACCCUCCUGCUUCCUCUUUAUCUGUCUAUCUGUCUCUUUUUUGUCUGUCUGUCUGUCUGUCUGCUGGCCACACACAGAGGAGCAGGCCUUCCGGAAGAGGAGGCUGUGUAUCAAGUUCAUCCCACGGGACUCCACAGAGGCAGCCAUCUGUGACAUCAGAAUCCUGGGCAGGUCCAAGCAGGCCCCACCGCAGUACACCUUCAUAGGGUUAGCAGCUGUGAUGUUAUUAACAUGCCCUGCCUUCAGCUAUCAUAGAGCCAGAUGAUGUAGAGUUAGGGUUUUUCCUGAAUAAGCCAGCCACCAGGUAAAUGGGUUUAGUUUACUUGUAAAAUGGGAGGGAAAUUGGGUUUUCACACAAUUUUGAGUUCCCUCAACGGGUUAUGAAUUGAGGUGAACAGGCACCAUUUUGAGUGGUCAGAAUGUUGUACUACUAGUCAGCCUAUGUUUUCCAGGUGGUGUUGGCUGUAUGCAGGAAAUGGAUGAUGAUGCUAAAAGAGGCUGUGGUUGUUUUCCAGAGAGCUCAACAACAUGGGGAUCUGGUAUCGCAUGGGGAAGGUCCCGCGUGCCCAGGAAUCUUCGCCGACCCCAGCCACCAAUAACAUCCAGAACAUCAACUCGACGGCUAACACCACCCCAACCCCAGCAGCCCCCCUGCCCAAGUAUGCUACAUUUACCAUAUUAUCUUAUUCAAGACCUCUUGUGUGUCUGUGCCUGUGUGUGUGUUCCACUUCCCCAUAAUGCAGAGUUGGUUCUAUUUCAAGUCUGCAGCCAAGUAAGUUAUAGAACAGGGACGUUGUGUUGAAACUGCAUUUACUCAAGAGAAUGGAAAUAUGAACUGUCUAUAGCCUGCAACUAAAGAGGAAAGAAAAGGGAACUGUGGCUAUAUACUUCUGCAAGAGAAGGAGAUUAACUCUCAUCUGCAGCUGGAAUAGUGAGCUUUCCUCACAUCCGAGGUGUACACAGAAGAUAUUGUCCGGACUGCCAUCAGGACUUGUCUCUGUGGUUUUCUCUAACAAUGGUUAACCACUAGAGUUUAGCUCCUCUCUGAGGGUGGUUUAGUGUCGACGUCAAACCCUCAAAGAGAAAAAGGGCCAACGUUGUUAGCAGUGCUGAAAUGUCUGAACAAGGUCCUAAUGGUUUAGAUGGAAGCUGUUAUUGUAACAAAGCUCUGACAUUUUAAUGAAAACAAUGUAUACUUGUAAUCCUAAAACACUUUUUUUGUUAUGCCUUCCACUAAAGUUAAUCAUGAAAAUGGCCCUUAAUAGUUUACUACAAGUUUUUGCUUGUUGACAACGAUGGCUUUGCACUUUGUUGUCGUGUGUUUUGUGAGUACCGUAUUAUUAUACCAAUAAAGUUUUACUAUCAAUUUGAUAUCAACACCAUAGUUUGGCAGUGAGAUUUAAACACUGUAACAAAAAUGUAUGCACGCAUGACUGUAAGUCGCUUUGGAUAAAAGCGUCUGCUAAAUGGCAUAUUAUUAUUAUUAUUAUUAUUAUUAUUAUUAUUAUUAUUAUAAUACUAGGUGAUGCUAUAUAAAGGGACGUUCUGCUAAAUCCCCCUCAGGAAAAGCAUUACGCCAUGAUCCCACGGUCAGUGCUAUCCGGGACCCUUGGACGACCCUAACCUUAACCAUAACUCUUAUGUAACCUUAACCACAGGAGCGCAUGGGGACCAUUGGGAUUCCUCUCACACUGUUGCUCUCAGACAAUGUUCCACUGGACUAACAACGCUACCCAAGCCAGGCUAGUGUGUAACUCCACUGGACUGGCAACUUGUUUACUGUUCUAAUUAUGUUGGUAACCAGUUUAUAAUACCAAUAAGGUACCUCAGGGGUUUGUGUAUGUGGCCAAUAUACCACGGCUAAGGGCUGUAUCCAGGUACUCCGUGUUGCAUAAGAACAGCCCUUAGCCAUGAUGUAUUGGUGAAAUACCACACCUCCUCUGGCGUUAUUUCUUAAGUAUACUUUCCCUGUGAAAGAGAAAUUAAAUGCAUUUUUGUGCAAUGUGUUUCGGCAAUUUGAAAGAGACAGGAAGCUGCUUCCUCUCCCAGAGGCAGUUCCCCUUUUCUUUCAGCCCUCUUCUCUCGUUCGUUCUGAACCAGUUCAAACUCCAAACAAAAGUAACAGUUUAUAUCAUUCCUUUCUAUUCCUUUUUAAACCUCUGAAAUCUUUUUUUUUUUUUUUUACAUUUAGCUCUACAUUAAAUUGCUUCACCAAUCAUGCAGUGUGGAUAGAGCAGCUUGCUAUGGAGCGGGCAAGCUAUAGCUCAGCAAGUUGUUUACGUACGUGAUGGAAAGACAAGUGUCAGGUGCUAGAUACAACUGAAAUGUUACAGGUGGGGGGAGAGCGAGAGAGGGUGGAGGAGCGUUGGGCAUCUUGUGAUGACAUGCAUUACACGAAUUACGCUCACAGAAUUAUACCUACGGGAAGUGCGGCUUCUAUGGAGGAACUUUGAAUGUCUUUUGAACUUCAGAGUUGGCUUAACGUUGGACCAGAGAAGCUAGCUAGUCAACAAGCUUGUGUGUGCAGAGCGUCACCAGAAUUUAAAAACACGUCUUACCUUUUUUUGUAGUUAGCUAUUAAAUCCAAUGUGAUCUAAAGUAUCCCUAACUAGCAUUGAAAAAGUUAAUCCAUUCUUCUUUAAUUAAAAUUCUCCCUCCCUAUCUUCUGAAUCACGCUUGUAACGUCAGUAGGCUACAGCUAUGUUUCGGAGCGGGAGUGGCAGGUAGCCUACUCGUGCACACACACUGGCAGAGAUUUUCAGCUGGCAGGCAGAUGACAGAAGGAGGGCUUUGCAUAGGCGCUUUGUUGCAUUUUUUUGUGGGACAAAAGAAAAAUCCCAGAAUGUAAAAGAACGUUAUUCACCGGUUCCCAUGCUUUUAAAAAUAACAUUUCUGUUAAGGAACAGUAUAGAUCACUUUCGUUCCUGGUUCUGAUUCUGUUCCUUGAGGAAUGUAUUUAUUUUCUGGGUUUCGGUUCUGUUCCCUAAACCGGUUCCAACCCCUGUUGCUCUCACUGUCCCCGCCCUCCACAGCUUUCUAUGAGACAUGGCACUUUUUAGCUAUUCAAUUUGUUUAUUUUGAUGAAUAUGCUUUCAUUUUGUAAGUGAAUUUCAUCACUUUUUCACAAGUCUUACUUUGUAUGGAUUGUCCAUGGUUUACAGCGUUCUCAUAUUGCCCUUUCAUACACAGAAAUCCCACUAAUUGACCUACUUAUUUUUACCUGCUUGUUGGUAUAUUAAAGACCUAGUCAUGAUUCCUGCAUUUUCACUGACCCUGUAACCAAAAUACAGGGAUCGAGUCUGUGUGAAUGGUUCUCUGCUUUUUUGAAAAGCAGGUCAAUUCAUCAAAGACUUCCAUUGUUCAACACCUCCCUCAUUUGAAAUAGAAACAGCCCCCAUUGUUUAAUAACAACCCCCACCCCUCCCAAUUUGCCAGUUACCCACUGAUAUGUAUAAAAGGGGUAAACCUGCAAGAAAGUGGUAUAUAAGGGGCUGUUUGAAACGGGGUCAUAUAAACAUUGCCAUAUAUAUAUAUAUAUAUAUAUAUAUAUAUAUAUAUAUAUAUAUAUAUAUAUAUAUAUAUAUAUAUAUAUAUAUAUAUAUAUAUACACUCAGCAAAAAAAGAAACGUCCUCUCACUGUCAACUGCGUUUAUUUUCAGCAAACUUAACAUGUGUAAAUAUUUGUAUGAACAUAACAAGAUUCAACAACUGAGACAUAAACUGAACAAGUUCCACAGACAUGUGACUAACAGAAAUUGAAUAAUGUGUCCCUGAACAAAGGGGGGAGGGGGGGGGGGUCAAAAUCAAAAGUAACAGUCAGUAUCUGGUGUGGCCACCAGCUGCAUGAAGUACUGCAGUCUAAAGCCUUGGAGCUUCUCUGAGCUGUGGCUGAUUUCUGAGUUUAAUAAAUGCAGUUUUUCAUUUGAGAAAAGUUUGUUGAGGAAAGUUUGACAGCAACAGAAGGACCAUGGGUGCCUGUAGUGUAGCAUCUUAGCCACCAGGGAAGUAGGCCGGUUCUCCUUGCAGUGCCUGUGAAGUGGCUCUGCAGCAGGGUUCUCGAACCCUGUUCCUGGGGAGCUACCGUAACGUCCAGGGCCCGGUUUCCAAAAGGCAUCUUAAGGCUAAGUUCAUCGUAAGAACCUUUUGCUGUUUACCAAAACCACCGUUACUAAAGUUGCACUUGAAAACACUUAUUUACCAACUGCCUCAGACCACUCGAACAACUAAGUGCGUCGUUAGAUGCGUUGUUUACCUACAUUUAAUUUUUUUUAAUUUUAGUCAUUUUAGCAGACGCUCUUAUCCAGAGCGACUUUCCCCGUGGGAAACGAACCCACAACCCUGGCGUUGCAAGCGCCACGCUCUACCAACUGAGCUACAGGGGACUGACACAGUGAUCGGUGGUCACUUUAUACACAGAAGAUCUCCGCUAAACAUAGAAUCAAUAUGUUUAUCUGGCUCUGUGACCACCGAUGAAGUUGACUACAAAUACAAAGUUGCCUUUUGCAAUUGUUACAAACAAGUGAAGGAGAAAAAAAGAUAAAUAGCCUACAGUAUAGACCUAUAUAUAAUUCAAUAAUAUUGAAAUCAAUUUCUUGUUCAUUCAAUUGAGUUGUAUUUUGCUAAUUGUAGGCUACUGUCUGUCAUUUUCCCCUCAAUAUAUGUGUAACAACUUGUGCGAUUUUAGUGCAUCAUUAUAGGGUACGGCAUUAGAAUAAACUGCCUCAAUAUUUGCAGCCGUAGGUGAUAAUCUCUUUCUAGGAGCUGAUCCAAUGUCAGUAUUGUGGAAUAAUUAUAAUGUCGAGGUAAGAUUUGAAUGGCAAAAUCUGAUCCGAGAGCAGUUCACUCAGUGUUUAGGGAAACACAUGUUACAUCUUCAGCCACUGUAGGAAAGAUGCAUCGUAAAAAACUCUUGUAAACCUAAAUUCUAUCGCUAUCGGGAAACCGGGCCCUGUAGGUUUUCGCUCCAACCCUAAUCUAGCACACCUGAUUCUAAUAAUUAACCGGUUGAUAAGCUGAAUCAGGUUAGUUACAACUGGGGUUGGAGCAAAAACCUACAGGAGGGUAGCUCUCCAGGAACAGGGUUGGAGUUAACCUACAGGAGGGUAUCUCUCCAGGAACAGGGUUGGAGUUAACCUACAGGAGGGUAGCUCUCCAGGAACAGGGUUGGAGCAAAAACCUACAGGAGGGUAGCUCUCCAGGAACAGGGUUGGAGACCCCUGCUCUACAGUAUUCAAAAGCUUAUCACUUGAAUCAAAAGCGGAUCUCCUGUUCUUGUUUCUGAUUGACUCUAGACGCAACUCCUGAGUACGUUGUCGUUCUGGCCGAGAGAGUAGACCUCACAAAAUCAGCUGAUUUACUGUAUUCAUUUCUGGAUGUUUGAUGGUUGUUUGGUCAAGUGCGGCCGAAGGCAGGCAUACGCAGAAAGAGCACCCAAACAAUAUCUGUCAAGUCAAUCUGUGUUUGAAAUAUCACACUGCCAUCGGAAUCCUAUCACAGACAUAAUUCCCCUCCACUUCCUCAGUCAACCUUUAGAGAUGAGAUGGAGAGGUGGUCUUCAUUAAAGCUGUCCGUGGCCUAGAUUGACGUCAACCUUUUUUUUUUUUUUUAUCCCCGCUGUCCUGUCUGAGAGGAGCGUGGCCACACGCUGAUGGAAUUGAUGAGGUUAUAAGGUCGACCCCGUCAUGGCAGAAUAAGCCCGAGAACCAGACGUCUGUUUUGUAAAUAGCACUGACUGUUGUGGGGCGUCGAGGAAGUCGCGCGUCUUCGUUUUGGUUUCAAUCGCUUCGAGCUGAUUUUUAUCUGUAAGAUCUCCGACAUCAAAGUAAUUUCAAUAUUCUUCUAGAUUUCAUAGUAAAAACAUUCAAUUUAGGACAGUUUAAAAAAAAGUUUAAACUAAAUUGAUGAAAGCUUUAUUGGAGAUUGAGAAGUUUCUUGUGGGCCAUUCCCCUGGCUAGAUUAAAAUAGGUUUUAUUUCCUGAUGUGGAAGAUUGUAGCUUGUACAAGAUAAUGAAGCAUGGUACAUGUAACAUUCUGUAUUUUUUUUAUGACACAUUGAUUACUAAACAUGGCUUUUUAUUCUGUUUGUCCCCCACAGACAUAUAUCCAUGACACUCCCCGCCAGCUUCAAAAGGCAAACCACUACCAGACCAGACUAUGAACACCAGAACUCCAGCCUGUACGCCAUAUCAGGUGAGCCACUGUCUACGUUUUUUUUUCCCCCAUGUCCCAAUAGCAAAAUCUUUGGGAAUAUGCAUAUAUUCAGUGUUUGUUUUUGUUUUUCCUUCUCAACCAAUGCAUAAUAUUCAGUGAAAUGUAGUGUUAUCCCUCAGUUUACUCUGAAGUCACUGUGGUAGCUGGCCUCAAGGAGACUAGGGGAUUUGGAUGUAGUGAGACGGAUAAGUUACGGAUGCAAAGAGAGACAUCAUCUGGUGAGCCAGAGAGAUGGACCCUCUGUUACUGGGGGGACUCAAUUUCUCCACACUCUAUGAACUAUGCAUUACCACUCCCAGUACAAUCUAAUAGGGGUUUACGUGUACUCUAUCAUUGGCACAGCACUCUUAUCAAAAAGAUAAAUAAACUAACGCUUGAGUUGACCCAACACUGACACAGGAAAUCUUCCUGGAGUUGAGAGAGAAAGAAACCCUUUAGGCAAAAAAAAAAAAGCGGGACAUUUAUGGUUUACCCAAAAGUGUUCUCCUUCUGUUCUCUCAACUCUGGGUGACCACUGCACAGUUGGGGAAAGGCGGCGAAAACCAACAUGACCGCCCCCAACUCGUCAACAACUGCAGUAGACAUCGGUUUGCUUCGACGGAUCGCUUUCAUUACUCCCACGUUGUUUGAACGGCUGCGAUGUCAGUCGGGAGAGAAGUCUAGUAACCAAUUAAAGACGAGACAAAACCGUCAGUCGGGUGCCGGUGACGGUCCCCUUUUGAUAUCCUUUUUGAAACAAAUAUCAGAUAUCAGCCAUUUUAAGGAGCUGCACCUGCCUUUUUUUAAUUUGCCCCUAAUAAUUGUAGCUCCGAGAACUCAGCCGAGCUUUCCAAUUAAAACCUACGCUGGCUCCUUGACGGCGGUCGCAAUAAUAACACCCCCGCAGCAUUAGAGAGGCUGAAACUGACAGGUGAGUCCCCCGGAUGAAUUAAACAUGAGGUGGGUGGCGGCGGUGAGAAGAGGAAAAGCCUCAGACAGAAGUUGGCUUUGGAGGGGAGGAGGAGAGGGUAUUCUAGGCUUGUAGCAUGCUCAAUGUAAUUUACAUAUUAAUCUCUUGCCGUUCAGCCUUAUCGAGCGCUCGGCCCACUCUUGGUGAAGUCUCCGAAGCUAAAAUAGCAGUGACAGGCGAGGGUGUGCUUCAUUUUCCCCAGGAUUUAUGACUUGUGUAAUUUAGGAUAUUUUAUUAAUACGCUCAGACGAUUGAUCCCCCCCGUCGCUCUGUGUGUGGAAUAAUCUUAAUGGUUCCAGAUGGCGCCUGGCUCACUGAUUAUGGAAAAUGACUUCUUCUCUUUCUCCUCUUUGAGUUAUAUAUAUUUUUUCUUCUCUUCCGUUUUUUUUUAUUGAGUUUCAUUCUAUCGACCCCCAAGUUUGAGUUCACUAUUACACAGUGAAAAGGAUCACCAUUUUGAUAGUUAAGGUUUUCAGUCAAAUCCAUCCAGAUAUUUGGGAGCAUAGAAUGGAGAAAUAGAAACAAAUUACAUACCAAAUGUAUACAUUUUAGCAGCACCGUGGGCUCUACGCUUCUUAUCCCAACACAUCCCCAACUCUUGGUCUCAAAUCCCCAACUCUUGGUCUCAAAUCCACAUAUCUUGGUCUCAAAUCCCCAACUCUUGGUCUCAAAUCCCCAACUCUUGGUCUCAAAUCCCCAACUCUUGGUCUCAAAUCCCCAACUCUUGGUCUCAAAUCCCCAACUCUUGGUCUCAAAUCCCCAACUCUUGGUCUCAAAUCCACAUAUCUUGGUCUCAAAUCCCCAACUCUUGGUCUCAAAUCCACAUAUCUUGGUCUCAAAUCCACAUAUCUUGGUCUCAAAUCCACCUCUUGGUUUUACACUUUAUUAGUCAAAGAGCACAAGUAGUCAACAAGCUACAUGACACAACCCAGAUGUACCACUACAGGUCACCUUCAGUUCAGUAGAUGUACCACUACAGGUCACCUUCAGUUCAGUAGAUGUACCACUACAGGUCACCUUCAGUUCAGUAGAUGUACCACUACAGGUCACCUUCAGUUCAGUAGAUGUACCACUACAGGUCACCUUCAGUUCAGUAGAUGUACCACUACAGGUCACCUUCAGUUCAGUAGAUGUACCACUACAGGUCACCUUCAGUUCAGUAGAUGUACCACUACAGGUCACGUUCAGUUCAGUAGAUGUACCACUACAGGUCACCUUCAGUUCAGUAUCUCCCAUAACCCCCUGUCUGGGGUUGCAAAAUUCAAGUAACUUUCCAAAAAUUCUGGUUUACCAGAAAUCCUGGUUGCGUUGGAGAAUUCCUGUAUUUCUUGCUUAUUCUCUCGUAAUUUCAGUAAUCUUCCAACCCGAAUUUCUGGAAAACCGUGGAAUUUUGGGAAAGUUAUCGGAAUUUUGAAACCCUACCCCUGUCGCAACACACGGCCUGAGGAGACAGUGACACACUGUCCAUCCACCCCAAACUAUGAAGGAGUGUUGUCCUGCUCUAUAUCCCCGGCUAAUUACAACCAGAUGAAAUUAUGCCCUCCACAUCCAAGCCAUUAAAUACAUUUUUAUAAAGAUUCAUCAUCCCAAUGUCCCUUAAAGAUCCUCUAAUGGCUCCGCGGGUUAUUUAAGUAAGUUAUUAAUGAGCUUCUAAUGCUCUGCUUGAAGGAAGUGUCCUUCCCUUGUCUCCUCUCCUUCGUUGAUCUGGGGGGGGUUCUAUGCCCUACAGAGUUUUUAAGGUUUGUUAGGAAGGACGAGGCACUAGACAAGGAGGUCGAAGGACAUGGCCAAAUCAGUUUUUUUUGUUUGGAUGAAAAUUAUUUACGUUUGUAUUAUAUUGGAGGAGUAACAUGAUACGAAUCAACAAUUGACCUGCGCCAGCUUUUCACGCGUCAACAGGUUUAAAAGGGAUUGUUGAAAGCAUUUGCGCUCUUUCAUUGGAGGAUUCUCUCCCUCUCUUCACCCCAUCCUCACCUCCAACCCGUGGCCUGCACCCAUGUCAUCUGUACAGGAUUUUAAAAUAAAGAUUUCAAUUUCGGAAGUGUGACAAAUGCAAUCGUUUACAUAGUUCAUGGUUGGAAGGCCUGUCAUUUGAAUGUGGUCAAGGCUGCAGACCACAUUUGGGAGGUUGUAAUUACCACUUUACUCCAGCAUCUGGACGUCUUGAAUUUAACACACACCCUGUUUAUACUAAUUCAGCUGAACCAAAAGCCUGAAACUGGGGUCAAACUGACAAUGGGGUCAAACUGACACGGUCAGUGCUAUCCGGGAUUCCUUUUGGACGUCCUUAACCCAUAACCAUUAUCCAACCCUUAACCAUUUUAAAUCUAUACUUAAAUGGGGUGGGAACGUCCCAGCGAUCCCGGAUAGCACGAACCAAACUGACACUGGGGUAAAACUGACACUUUAUCAAAGAAAACUAUGCAGGCCGAGGUUUUUUGUUAUUGAACGAUCAUCGUGGUCCCUCCCACGUGAUAGCUAAGCCCUCAUGCCUCAAGACCAGGAAUUUGACCUUGUAGCAAAAUGGCUAUUUCUAUUGAAUCUAGUGUAUAAUAAAAAUGUAUUGGAACUUGAGGUUAAUUAGCAAUAAGGCAACAGACCCAGUGGCCUCGACGGAACCUUCUGACAGAGGGUUUUAGGUAUUUUAUAAUACAUCAUUUAGCGGGUGCUUAUAGUUGUCGUUCUUGCGUAUCCCAACUUCCCCCCCUGGUACACCCGCAGGGAGUGAGGUCACAGCCAGGGUCACCAUUAUACAGCGCCGCCUUGUCGGCUCCGGGAUUCAAACCAGAAACCUUUCGGUUACUGGCCCAACGCGCUAACCUCGAGGCCAGCCAUUUGGUAUCUGUGGUGUAAUGAGUCUUCUGUGUCUCUUUCAGCAAUGGAUGGAGUGCCUUUCAUGAUCUCUGAGAAGUUUGCCUGCGCUUCCGAUGAUGUGAGUCCGUCUUUCGGUUGGUUCACUCACAAAAUGAAAUCUUUGACUGUUGAGCACCAUUUGUUUUUAAUAAAAUGCAACGGGCAAUAUUCACGUCCUGUCGGCCAUCUGUAUUUUCAGCUGCAGCAGGUGGAUCUGAUGGGCAUCACAAUCAAGUCCCUGACAGAGAUUGAGAAAGAGGUGAGUGCACAGUCUCGCCCAAGGCUAACGCAUACUAGCCUGGUUCCAGAUCUGUUUGUGCCGUCUUGGUGCUGUGGUCGUUGUCAUGCAAGACUCCACAAACCGAGCCCGGGACCAGGCUAAACCCAUACCACCAUGUCCAAGACAUACGACAUCAUCGACUGCCUUCAAAACGGGUUCCAGCAUUUAAUUUUUUAAUUUUUUAUUUUUUUUAUUUAACCUUUAUUUAACCAGGUAAACCAGUUGAGAACAAGUUCUCAUUUACAACUGCGACCUGGCCAAGAUAAAGCAAAGCAGUGCGAUAAAAACAACAACACAGAGUUACAUAUGGGGUAAAACAAAACAAAGUCAAAAAUACAACAGAAAUACAUAUAUAUACAGUGUGUGCAAAUGUAGCAAGUUAUGGAGGUAAGGCAAUAAUAAUAGAGCCCGUGUGUGUUCACACUUCUGGACUUGUGUUGAUUAUGUAAAGGGUCUUUUACACACAGAGUUAGAGGGGCCUUUCCAGCAGAGAUGAGCCCUCUCUGAAUUAAACCACACCCAAGCCCCUCUCUCCCAGAGCACUGAGCAUUGCCAUGGGGGUGUCUAUGUCCCUCUUAAAAGAGUUGAACCCUACCUAGUGUGCGAGGGCUCAGGGUAAGUCGUACUGGCUAAUCCAUAGCAUCAGCGGAAUGGAGGGAACCCAGAGAAAAUGAGUUAAAUAAGUGUGGAGAGGAGGUACAUAGCCUAUUUUGUUAGUGCUUUGUGAAGGCAGCAUUUUCAGUUACAGUUGCAAUGUUGUGUGAAGAAGUGACUACUGUAUUUCUCCAUCUGUCCACUAGAGGCCUGUAUUGGCCCUUUUUCGCCCUCUACUCUGAGAAGUUUGUCUGUUGAAGGGUGGUAUAUUAAUGGACUGAUGCUGAUGCUAUUCGAUAUGCAGUAAUUAAGGGGAGACAUUUUGAGGGAAUUAAAAUGCAUGUUCCAGUGAUGAGAAUGGAUCCUGUAAUCAUAUACAGUAGCCAAUAAUAUUUUUGGGACGGGUGCUACAUGGUUUUCUCCCCUCAUCGCUUCAGAUGGUGUCGGUUCCAGCCAUUAAGCAAGGCUCCCAUUUCCCCAAUGACUAGAGGAACUUGCGAACAUAGUAAUUGGUUCUAGCCACGCAUAUCUAAUUUGUGUCUCUUUUAAGUGUUGAUUAGCCUGCAAUUUGCGCUGACGUCUUCAUCCUGUGGUGGAGUGGCAACAGGAGAGAUGAGGGAGAUGAUGGAUGAGGGUGGAGAUGAUGAAGAUGGGAGGAUGAGGAGUGAUGGAAAGAGAUGGGUGAAGGGGAGUUAAGAGGUAAGAGGGAUGGUGAUGGGAGAAUGAGAGGAUGAGAGAGGAUUGAGGGAAUCGAAUGGAUUGGAAGAGGAGGAUGGGAGGUGGAAAGAGGAUGAGGGAGAUGAUGGAAAGAGGAUGAGGGAGAGAGGAAGAGGAUGGGAUGUGAAAGAGGAUGAGGGAGAUUUAUGGAAAGAGGAUGAGGGAGAUGAUGAGAGGAUGGUGGAUGGAAAGGGAUGGAUGAGGGAGAUGAUGGAUAAGAGGAUGAGGGAGUGAUGGAAGAGGGUUGGCAGAGGAGGGAUGAUGGAAAGAGGAUGAGGGAGAGAUGGAAAGAGGAUGAGGGAGAUGAUGGAAAGAGGAUGAGGGAGAUGUGGAAAGAGGAUGAGGGAGAUGAUGGAAAGAGGAUGAGGGAGAUGAUGAGGACGAGGGUAGGAGCGGGAGGUGAUGGACGAGUGGCAAAGAGGAUGGAGGGGUGUGAAGAGGAUGAGGGCUGGAGAGGGUGGAAAGAGGGAUUUAGGGAGGGUUGCAGGGAUGCAAGAGGUGAGGGUCAUGGGUGGACGAUGGUGGGGAUGAGGCUGAGGAGGAGGAUUGGCCCGGAGCGGGCGAUGUGGAACAGGCUGGGGAGCGUGGACGAGGAUGAGGAAGAUGCGAAAUAGGAUGGGCGAAUGAGAGGAUGCGGGAUGGCAAUCAGAUCGAGGGAAGAUGGCCAAGAGGACUGAGGGACUCCAUGGUGAACGGAUGCGCGAUGAUGAAGAGGAUGGGGAGGUGUGGAAAGAGAUGACGGAAUGAUGGAAAGAGGAUGAGGGAGGCAUGGGAUAGGAAGACCUGACCGUGAGAGCUGGAAGACGACGUUGAGGGAUAGGGAGAUGGAAAAAGGACUGAGGGAGAUGAUGGAAAGAGGAUGAGGAUGAUGGAACAGAGGUGGUUUAGGGGGAUGAGGACGUGGACUAGGGAGAUUGAGAGGAUGGGGGAUGAUGGCCCGGUUGAAGGAGAUGAGCGGAGAGAUGGGUUUAGGGAUGGGAGCGAUGGAGAUGCGCGAGAGGAUGGGGAAGUAUGGGAAUGAUGGGAGUGAGGGAGAUGAUGGAAAGAGGAUGAGGAGGAUGAUGGAAAGAGGGAGAUGAUGGAGAGGAUGGAAAAGUGCAGGGAUGAGGGAGAUGAUGGAAAGAGGAUGAGGGAGAGAUGGAAAGAGGAUGAGGGAGAGAAUGAUGGAAAGAGGAUGAGGGAGAUGAUGGAAAGAGGAUGAGGGAGAGUGGAAGAGGUAGGAAGGAUGAGGGAGAUGAGGAGGACAGAUAUGAGGAGAAUGUGAAAGAGGGAGGAGAGAGAGGGAGAAAGAGAGGGAGAGAUGGAAAGAGGAUGAGGGAGGAUGGAAAAGGAGGGGGUGAGGGAGGAUGGAAAAGGGUAGAGAGGAAAAGGAGAGGGAGAGAGAGGAGGAAGGGAGGAGGGGAGAAUGAUGGAAAGAGGAUGAGGGAGAGGAGGGAAAGAGGAAGGGGGGAGGGGAGGAAAAAGAGGGUAGGAAAGGAUGAGGGGGGGAUGAAAGGUGAGGGAGAGAUGGAAAGAGGAGGGGGGGAGAUGGAGAUGAGGAAAAGGAAGAGGAUGAGGGAGGGGAUGGAAAGAGGAGGGGGAAAAGGGUGAGGGAGAGAGGAAAAGAGGAUGAGGGAGAGAUGGAAAAGGAAAGAGGGUGGGGGAGGGAGAGAUGGAAAGAGGAUAGGGAGAAGAAAGGAAAGGGGGAGGGGAUGGAAGAGGGUGGGGAGAGGGAAGGAAAGAGGAUGAGGGAGGAUGGAUGGAAGAGGAGAAGAGAUGGAAGAGGAUGAGGGAGAUGAUGGAAAGAGGAUGAGGAGUGUGGAAAGAGGAUGGGUGUGGAGAGGAGUGGAGAGAGAUGGCGUGAGGGAGGAUGGAAGAGGAGAGGGGAGAGAUGGCGAAGGGGGAUUGAGGAGGAUGGAAAGAGGAUGAGGGAGAUGAUGGAAAGAGGAUGAGGGAGAGAUGGAAAGAGGAUGGAGGGAGCAGAGGGAACGAGGAGAGGGGCUGAUGGCAAGAGGAUGAGGGAGAGAGGAAGAGGAGCUGAGGGAGAGAUGGAAAUAGGGAGGGCGGUCCGGCUGAGGGAUGGAAAGCGGUGAGGCGCAGACUGCCCGAGAGCAUGAGGGGAGUGGAAACGAGGAUGAGGGAUGAGGAACGGAUGAGGGAGGAGUGCCCGGGGCUGGACGGGCUGACGGAGGGUGGGAGGAUGGACAGAAAACGGAUGGGAGAGGGAAAGAGGAUGAGGCGAAGGGACUGAGGAGAGAUGGGAGGGAGUGAGGGAGAGAUGGAAGAGGAUGAGGGAGAGAUGGAAAGAGGAUGAGGGAGAGAUGGAAAGAGAAACAGACAUACAAAAAACUAAUGUCUUAAAACCUGGAAUGUCGACGACGCUGAAUGUCGUAGUACACAGUGACAACAGCAGGGGUCUAGGCUGGUGGUUUUAGCCAGUUGUCAUGACAACAAAUGAACAUGGCAGAGAAAUAAUAUUUGCUAAACCACGUACCGAUCGGGCCAGGUUAGCCUCAUUUGUGACAAUAGAUCGGAAUAGGUUAACCUUAGUUGAGACAAUAAUCCUUGUUUAAGUAAGGUAAAAAAAUUAAAUAAAAAGCCCAAAAAGCGCCAAAAUACAAGAUGCUUCAUUGAAUCUUGCUCAUCUGGCAGGUCUGCUAUUGUACCAUACAAUGUGUUGUAUGUGUGUCGGUUCUCUGCAAUCGCUUUUCAAGCCAUGAAUGGGUGCGGUGGGAAUACUGUAACGUCUGCUUGUUUUACGGUAAUCCUGUGGUAUGGAGGAGAUCCCUCAACUAGCAGUCACACAGAAUCACCUAGUGCCCUGGUUUCUUACCACACAACAAAUCAACUGAAAUCAUUUCAUUGAAAACUUUGAUUGUAAUCUCUUUGUUGACUUUUUUUGUUCCGUUUGUUGUAAUAGAUUAUCAGGUAUUACAACAAACUGUUGGCAGUCCUCUGAACCCAACACACUAUUGUUCUCUCUUGAUUCAGCAUUUUAAUAAGCGGUUGUUUUGGAUUUAAAUGAGUUUGAUUUGAUUCCAGACCUCAAACCUAUAUCAGAGCCAGUGGGGAAACUACAUUUUACUUUUGUGGUGGAUAUAAUUUGUUUUGGCUUGUGCUGGGUUUAGCCACAAGGGGGAAUACUUUGACCAGAAAUCAUGUCAGAGACUGGUAACUGGGUAAGAGACAGAUGGGUGGCCCUAACUCUUUUCAAAGGUGUGUUAAACAAAUGCACUAAAGAUGCCUUAUUAUUUAUGUAUUUAAUGUAGGCCUAAUAAUAGUUAAUGGGGCCCCGUGUAGCUCAGUUGGUAGAGCAUGGCGCUUGCAAUGCCAGGGUUGUGGGUUCGAUUCCCACGGGGGGCCAGAAUGGGGGGGGAAAAUGUAUGCACUCACUUAACUGUAAGUCGCUCUGGAUAAGAGCGUCUGCUAAAUGACUAAAAAUGUUUUUUAAAAUGUUAUCUUUCUUCCCCUCUCCCACAUUUCCAUCUCUCUCCAUCUACCUCUCUUCUCUCAGUACGAGUAUAGUUUCCGCACGGAGCACAGCGCAGCAGCGAGGCUGCCCCCCAGUCCCACACGGACCUCCAUGGGCUCUGAGGCCUGAGCCUCCCCCCAGCCCCACACAGAUCUGA